UGGUCUGCGUAAGAUGAAUAAUUCUGAAAGCUCAAAUUUUGACAAGAUGUCCUUCAUUCCCGUCAGCCCUGAAAGUCAUUUUCCCAUUCAAAAUCUUCCUUAUGGUGUAUUUUCCACGGCUGAUAAUCCCCAACAACGUAUAGGUGUUGCCAUUGGAGACCAGAUUCUGGAUCUUGGUGUUGUCAAGUCACUGUUUGAGGGUCCAGUUCUGAGGAACCAGCAGAAUGUCUUUGCUGAGUCAACGUUGAAUGCCUUUAUGGGGUUGGGGCGUGCAGCAUGGAGCGAGGCUAGACAGACCAUACAGAACUUGUUAUCAGCUGACACACCGACACUGCGGGAUAACGCUUCACUCAGGGAAAGAGCCAUUGUACCACAGUCCUCUGCCACAAUGCAUGUGCCGGCCAGGAUUGGGGAUUAUACAGACUUCUACUCAUCCAAAAACCAUGCAUUCAACGUCGGUGUGAUGUUUCGGGGAAAAGAUAAUGCUUUGAUGCCAAACUGGACACAUAUCCCAGUUGGUUAUCAUGGUCGAGCCUCGUCUGUGGUGGUUUCUGGGACACCAAUUAGACGCCCCAACGGUCAGACAAGACCAGACGAAACACAGCCACCAGUGUUUACCGCUUGUAAACUGUUUGAUUUUGAGCUUGAGAUGGCCUUCUUAACGGGGCCAGCCACGAAGCUAGGGGAACCAAUCCCUAUGGAUAAAGUGGAGGACCAUAUAUUUGGCAUGGUGCUCAUGAAUGAUUGGUCAGCCCGGGAUAUUCAGAAAUGGGAGUAUGUUCCACUUGGCCCAUUUCUUGGCAAGAACUUCGGAACCACAGUUUCACCAUGGGUUGUUACCAUGGAUGCCUUGAAGCCGUUUGUCACGAAAAACAUGCCCCAGGAUCCCAAACCACUGCCCUACCUUACACAUGAGGACGAUUAUAACUUUGACAUCUCAUUAGAGGUGGCUAUUAUGUGUGAUGGCCUGUCUUCUCCUGCCACGAUCUGUCGUAGCAAUUUCUCCAACAUGUACUGGACCAUGAAACAACAGCUGGCUCACCAUACAGUGACUGGAUGUAAUAUCAACCCUGGGGACCUCAUGGGCUCUGGUACCAUAUCAGGAGAGAUGGAAGACUCAUUUGGCAGCAUGUUGGAGCUGUGUUGGAAGGGAACCAAGACUAUUGAGCUGGGAAACGGGGUCACCAGGAAGUUCCUGAAAGAUGGAGAUGAAGUCAUAAUGACAGGUUUUUGCAAUGGGAACGGGUACAAGGUUGGGUUUGGUACGUGUGUCGGAAAAGUUCUCCCUGCUCUGCCUAUGUGAAAAGUGCUUCGACAUAUAGAUGAUCGUGUUUCAAGAAUGAAAAUUGACCAAUUUAUUGCAAAAAAUCAUUUUCCAUGCAUCCUGAACAAAAUAAUUAUCAUUUUCCACAUGUACACUAAAAGUUUGAAGUUCAUUUUACAGCUAAUGAGAGUCAUUUAAUCAUUUUGCAUUUGUUAGUUAGUAAUUAAUACCGGUAGUUACUAUAAAAAUUAGGAACUUUUUUUUGGUAACUUGGACAUUAUAGUGACCUUGGUGAAAAAGAUUUAUCAAUUAUGAUGAUAAUUCUCAUGUAUUUGUUGGGCGGUUUUCAUAAUGCAUCUUAGUGAAUAUAUUCAACUUAAUGAAAAUUUCAUAAUUUUUGACAUCAAUUAUUUGAAAUACAGUCAUGUACCGUUUACUUUUCAUCAAAUGUAUUCAUAUAUUGUUAAGACCUUUUUUUCUUACUUAUUUUCAUAUUUUUGGUGUACAAGCAUUGUUAGUUUUCUUUGAAUUUAACUUUGAAAAAAAGGCAAUUUUCAAUAAAGUUGAAAAUCGUCACUAAAAUGCUCUAUAAAUACAGCCUCAGACUGAGAAAAAACCAGCUUGGUUUAACCAGUAUUUAUUUCAGAUACUUAUACAUAAAUCAUGACCAUUGAAAACUGAAAACUGUUGGCAUCGUUUAAGAGUAUUCGUAUUAUAACAUAAUCAAUGGCAGAAAUGUUAUUCAAGACAGCUGUUGUCUCUCACUGUAGAAGUGUUCUUAUUGUUGUUGUUUUUCAAUAUGGUGUUAACUUUUUAAACAAAAUGAUUAAGGUUUUAAUAGUUGUGUUAUAACAAAGAUGGUUAUUAAUUAAAUUUUAAUCAUGAAACAUGUUUAAGUAGUAUAUUGUUAAUUGUGAAAUAUUUACUAAUUGGGUUUUUUUUUUUUGUUUAUUGAAGUUAUCUGUCUGAUAAUCACGAAAAUCUCAGUUUUAUAUAUCAAAAUCAGGUUAAAGUAAGAAAUUUUGCUUAACAAAAUAAGCUACUUAAGUAUGUUAGGCUUAAGUAAUUGAAGAAAUCAGGGCCAGGCUGAUUUUUUUAGCAGUUUUACAAGCAGUUUUACAUAGAUAUAUUUUAAGGAGUUUUGCAAUAUUGAAAUUAUAAACUAACUAGUCAUACAAACAAACUUAUUAAGUAAUUAAAGAUUUAUUUAAGAUAUUUUAUCAAUAUUUAUUUUGUAUUUUUGAGCUUAUAGUACUUAUUAUAAUGGAUAUAGUCAUUCAUACGUAUAUGAAUGUGUAAAUGACUUUGGUGUACUAUUCAAAUUUUGAUUACACAUGAAUUAUAAUUUCAUUUUUAGUGUAUUUCUUUCCUAAAUGAGUAGAUAUAUCAUAUGAAAAAAAUAACUUAACCGACCACAAUACCUAUUUUCAUCUUUAGCUUAAAUGUUUUUCAAAGAAUAAAUGUCAAGGUAUUAUCAUAGCCUUUGUACAAAGUUGGUGUUGUCGAAAGCAUUGUGCAAAAACUUGAACCUUGGCUCUAAAGCUGCACAGUUUUACCGUUUUUCCAACUUUUUUAUUUUUUGUUAAUUUUUCUUGUUUAACAAUGAUUGUGAUAAACACUAAUUUGAUUAUUUACAGUGCUGAAUACAUAAAAGGUCACUGUUGAAGCUUAGCAUGCACAUUUUCAACGCUUAUUCAAUUAUGGUGUCACACCAAACUUUACUACAAUAGUUAUAUUCAAGCAUCAGAAUAUAUAAUGACUCUAUUUUUUAUAACACAAGUAUCUUUAAAAGUAGAUGCAUUUUCUGAAAUUACCACUGUGAUAUCAGGAUGACCUAACCUUUGUGCCGAAUUUCAUGAAAUUUGAUAACAAUGUUUUUUGGAUUCAUAGAUGUAAUGUUUGUGUAGUGAUUGUUUGUGUAUUCAUUGUAAUAACCACUUUAGUGCCUUAUUCAAGGUUAGUGAUAUUAAAUUACAUUUGCUCAAUCAUAAGUUUAAACUUAAGUGCAUUUUAGCUUCAUUGUAUUUUGAGAAAGAAACAGUCAAGUUAUUGUCAUAGCCUUGGUUUCCUAUGCUUUCGUGUUGGUGUCUUCAUCAAAGUGCAAAAGCUUAAACAUUGGCUGUAACUCAAACACUAUUCAAAACAUUCAAAUGAAACUUGAUACACAUUUUGCUACAGCCAUUACGUAUAUGCCUAACAAGGUCCAUAACUCUGACUUCAAUAAUUGUUGAGUUAGCCUUUUUUCUACUGAAAUACAAUCAGACAAGCAUUGGCAUUUGCAUGGCAGCACUCUUUUUUAUAAAAAAAAUAAAAUUUUUAAUGUUUAUAAUAAAUUGUCAAAUUUUAAUAUAUUUUUUUAUACAAAUUUGGUUUAAUAUCAAAAUGUUUUCCUAGAUAAUAUGCUCAAAAAGUAAUGAAAAUUUGACUUAAAAAACAAUACUCUGAUAACGUCUCUCAACUUUUUUACUUGUUUUCAAACAUUCCAUAUUUUGAGAAUCUCAUAUAUGUAUUUUAUAUUUUGCAUGUUAGUGUAUAACAGUAAAUAAAAUUUAAAAAGCGG